AUGGAGAGGUACUUGAGCGAUCCACCGGAUGGUGGCUACGGCUGGGUCGUGGUCACCUCGGCCUUCUUCAUCAUGGGCCUGACCACUGCUGUUAUUAAAAACUACGGCCUGUUUUUCCUUGAAAUCCAAAGUCACUACAAUGUCCUUACCAGUACUACCUCAUGGGUGACCUCGACCACUAUUGCUAUGUUUCAUUUGGGAGCUCCUCUUGCCAGUGCUCUCAGUAUGCACCUGUCCCAGCGCGCUGUUAUCAUGGUCGGAGGGCUUCUGGCUGCCUCAGGAAUGAUUAUCGCCUCUUUGGGCCUCAGUCUGCUUUGGAUGUAUCUGUCUAUGGGUGUACUACAAGGUCUUGGCAUCUCAUUUUCUUGGAUACAAGCUAACAGCAUGGUCAGCCAUUAUUUCAAACACUGGCGUCCCAUUGCCUAUGCUAUUGCUAGUUCUGGAGAGUGCGUCUUUGCCAUGGGAUUCAGUCCAUUUUUCCAGUGGCUUAUCAACAGCUAUUCUUGGCAAGGGGCUCUACUCAUCAUUGGUGGUCUUCAGCUGAAUCUGUGUGUGUGUGGUUCUCUGAUGAAAUCCCUCCCAGCUGCACAAACCUCUACCCAAGACAACUCGGUGCUGGACACAAAAGAGGAAAGCAGGAAAUCAAAAAAAGCCACUUUCCAGUGCUCUCUCAUUCAGAGGCCUGAGCUGCUGCUAUAUAUCAUGUUUGCCAUCUUGGCUGCAGCAGGUUUCUUCAUCCCACCUCUGUUUCUAGUGCCCUAUGCCAAUAGUUUGGGCAUGGAGCAGUUCUGGGCGGCCUCGGCUCUGUCAGUGCUGGCAUUAGCAGACCUGCUGGGCAGACUGGCAUGUGGAUGGGUGGCUAACCUGCGGCUCGUGAGAAACCUGAAGCUGCUGUCCAUGGUGGUCACUGUGCUGGGGGUGGUGCUACUACUGCUUCCCAUCGCACAGAGCUACUGGAGUAUCCUAGUCUUUUCGUCACUCUAUGGCUUCCUGUUCGGCUGCGUGGUGGCCAUCCAUGUGACAAGUAUCGUGGAUAUUGUUGGACUGGAGGGCUUUGAUAGCGCUCUAGGGCUCUUCAUGCUGUUCCGGAGCUCUGGAGGAUUUUUGGGCCCACCUGCUGCAGGCUGGCUGGUUGACUGGACUCGGGACUUCAGUGCUAGUUUCUACUUGUCUGGCAUCUGCCUUGUCCUGGCUGGGAUCUUCGUGGUGCUUGUUGACAGGCUGGUGGAGAAGAAAAAACACAAACUACCAGAUUCAUGUGCUGAGAAUAUCUAUAGAUCAUCCGCUACUUAA